CCAUCAUACCCAGAACAGUCCCAUGCUACCUCGGUUGGUUCUUUUUGACAUAUUCAGCCUACCUUUCCUCCCACUGAUGGGUGUGCUGGAUGGCUGACUGUAAGCGCCCCUGGACUUGGCCUUUAAGCGCAAGGCAGCCGCUCAGCUCGCCGUCGCAUCAGUUUUGAAAGCGUGCCUCCCCGGGCGUCUCCAACAGCAAUAAAGCCGACAGUUUUCGGGAGAUCCGGAGUGGAUCCAAACGCCAGGCUGUUACAGUCCCCCGAGUUUUUCCUUGAGACAUUCUCCACCGCGGGCAGCAAACACGGCAGACAAAAAGUUUCUCUCCGUUGACUGAUAGAUAUGGCAAUGGUAGCGUGGAGAGGCUCCCAGGACGAUGUGGCUGACACCCAAGGCGCCCUUUCCUCGCAGACCCAAGGAGGACUAUCCCUUCCCACCCCUCAGCCGGGCCAGCUGAACCUGACAGCCUCCCAGAUCGCCCCGCCGACCCCUCAGACUCCGGUGCAGGGACCUCCGAACAACGCGCAAUCCACGCCGACGAACCAGACGUCGCAGCAGCAGUCGGAGAAGCAGCCGCAGCACAUCGAGUGCGUGGUGUGCGGGGACAAAUCUAGCGGCAAGCACUACGGCCAGUUCACCUGCGAGGGCUGUAAGAGCUUCUUCAAGCGGAGCGUACGGCGGAACCUCACUUACACAUGCCGUGCCAACAGGAAUUGUCCGAUCGACCAGCACCACCGCAAUCAGUGUCAGUACUGCCGCCUCAAAAAAUGCCUUAAAGUCGGCAUGAGACGGGAAGUUUCUCUUUUUACUGCAGCCGUGCAAAGGGGACGGGUGCCACCCACACAGCCACACCACGGUCAGUUCGCCUUGACAAAUGGAGACCCACUCCACUGCCAUUCCUACUUAUCCGGAUAUAUCUCUCUUCUGCUGAGAGCGGAGCCCUACCCGACGUCCCGCUACGGCAGCCAGUGCAUGCAGCCCAAUAACAUCAUGGGCAUCGAGAACAUUUGCGAGCUGGCGGCCAGGAUGCUCUUCAGCGCCGUGGAGUGGGCCAGGAAUAUUCCCUUCUUCCCGGACCUGCAGAUCACAGACCAGGUGGCUCUGCUGAGGUUGACGUGGAGUGAGUUAUUCGUACUCAACGCCGCGCAGUGCUCCAUGCCCCUGCAUGUGGCUCCUCUCCUGGCGGCGGCUGGCCUCCACGCCUCCCCAAUGUCGGCGGACAGAGUGGUGGCCUUUAUGGACCACAUUAGGAUCUUCCAGGAACAAGUGGAGAAGCUCAAAGCUUUGCACGUUGACUCUGCCGAAUAUAGCUGCUUAAAGGCAAUUGUGCUCUUCACCACAGAUGCUUGUGGCCUCUCAGAUGUGGCCCAUGUGGAAAGUUUGCAGGAGAAGUCCCAGUGCGCCCUGGAGGAAUAUGUCCGGAGCCAGUAUCCCAACCAGCCAACACGGUUUGGGAAGUUGUUACUCCGCUUGCCUUCCCUCCGCACAGUCUCUUCCUCGGUCAUAGAACAGUUAUUUUUCGUCCGAUUGGUAGGUAAAACCCCCAUUGAAACUCUCAUCAGGGAUAUGUUGCUGUCGGGGAGCAGUUUUAACUGGCCUUACAUGUCAAUUCAGUAAAAACCAGGAGAGAGACGAACUUGAACGGGGGGGGGGGGGGAG